CAGCUUUUGCAAAGCGUCCUAAGCUGACGUCAGCCCGGUACCGACGAACAACCGGUAGCGUUGAAGAGAUUCGUGCUGGAACCCGUUGUUUUUAGCUUUGUUCGCUAACUUCCAUAGUCAAACGUGCAAACAUCAUCGUCACCAUGCCUUUCGAUGUUAGGAGAUUUGAUAUCUACAGGAAAGUGCCAAAAGAUCUCACCCAGCCCACAUACACAGGAGCUUUCAUUUCCAUCCUCUGCUGUGUCUUCAUAAUUUUCCUGUUCCUGUCUGAGCUGACGGGAUUCAUAGCCACUGAAAUUGUAAAUGAAUUGUAUGUGGAUGAUCCUGAUAAAGACAGUGGUGGGAAGAUAGAUGUGAGUUUAAACAUCAGUUUGCCAAACUUACACUGUGAUUUGGUGGGCUUGGACAUCCAGGAUGAGAUGGGCCGCCAUGAGGUCGGUCUCAUUGACAACUCCAUGAAGAUCCCUCUCAACCAAGGCGACGGUUGUCGCUUUGAGGGAGAGUUCACCAUUAACAAAGUACCAGGAAACUUCCAUGUUUCGACACACAGUGCCACAGCGCAGCCACAAAACCCUGACAUGACCCACACCAUCCACAAGCUGGCCUUUGGGGAAAAGCUCCAGGUUCAAAAAGUGCAAGGAGCCUUCAACGCACUGGGAGGGGCUGACAAGCUGUCAUCUAACCCUCUGGCCUCACAUGACUACAUACUGAAGAUUGUCCCAACAGUGUAUGAAGAUCUCUCAGGCAGACAGAGGUUCUCCUACCAGUACACCGUCGCCAACAAGGAAUAUAUCGCUUACAGCCACACGGGCCGAAUCAUCCCGGCCAUCUGGUUCAGAUACGACCUCAGUCCAAUCACAGUCAAGUACACAGAGAGGAGACAGCCAUUCUACCGCUUCGUCACGACAAUCUGUGCCAUCGUCGGCGGGACGUUCACAGUCGCGGGCAUCAUCGACUCCUGCAUAUUCACUGCUUCAGAGGCCUGGAAGAAGAUCCAGAUCGGGAAGAUGUCAUGAGGAUGGCUCCUCAUUGCUCUCGCCCCACAUCCUCUAUUUAUAAAGUGCAAAGUUGAUAGCCUGUUAGCUAAAUCCAGUCCUGCCUGAAAGCGACUUCCUUGUGAAGCGGCACCAGCACACGAUGUAACUACCAGGCUACCACGCAACUACUGCUUCUCAGUUACCAAAGCUCCUCUCAGCUUCCAUCAGCCCGACUGACGUGCGGACGUGGACUAUCGCAUGUCCACUUCCUGCAUCUUCAGACAGAGCGGAGGAGAAGGGAAGCUGUUUUGAUACGGUGGAGAUGAAGUCUUAAGUAUCGGUGUCAGGGUUCAAUCGUGUGGGUGAGGGCUGGUAUUUUUAGAAUCAAGUCAAAGAAAAUAGCCGAGAUUUGUGCUGACGUUCAGUGUUAAACACUAAGUGAAAUGUUACCCGUCAUUUCCUACUUUGAGUCAAACACAAAAUCACUUUAAUUAUACUGUGUUUAUUUCCCUAAUACUGCAAAAGGGUGUGAUUAUUUGAAGGAAGUGUUGUUUUGUGUUUAUUUCAUCUCCAGUAUUCAGACUGUGCCUUUGGGUUUACUCCUCAAUCUUGAAGGAUUAUAAUCACCUUUUAUUAAUCCGUAUCAGUGGCUGCUACUAAAACCAGUCAUUCUUUUUUUUUUUCAUACACAUUCUUUUAUUCAUGUUACUGCUACAGUAUUUGUAGAUGUUUUGCUUUUUUUACACUGGGAUCAUUUAUUUUCUAUCAUUCCUUGAAUACAAUAUAGUUCAUCCAUGCUGGAUUAUUCCAUCUCAGUGAUUUUUCUUUUUAAACACCAUGAUAGGUACAUGAAUUUGUUUACUUAAGAGUUAUUCCAUGAAGAACUUGUAAGAUUUUGGUAAAUAGGGAAUUUUUUUUUUUCCUUUCAUACAAUUGUCACUGCAGAUUUUUUUCUGCUCGAGAUUGGUGAUAAUUAACGGGCCAGCAGAGCCAGUCUUUGCUCUGUUAAGGUCGUUUUAAGUUCUGUCUCAAGUUUCUAUGUAAUGCUAUGUGUUCCUCAAGUAAAGGCACCAUAGAAGACA